AUGAGCACACGGAAACUACAGCAGGAGUGUGACAAGCUACAAAAGAAAAUCACUGAAGGAUUGCUGGUGUUUGAUGACAUCCACGAAAAGAUUGGCCAAACGGAUAAUGCCAGUCAGAAAGAGAGGCUAGAGGGAGACUUGAGGAAAGAAAUCAAGAAGUUGCAGAGGUGUCGUGACCAGGUGAAGCAGUGGCUUGGGGACAGCAGUGUGAAACUUGAUAAGAACCUUUUGCAGGAUAAUAGAAGUAAGAUUGAAAAUGCCAUGGAACGAUUUAAAGAGGUGGAGAGGGUAUCCAAGAUGAAACAGUUCUCGAAUGAGGGUUUGGAAAUGCAGACAAAGCUCGGUGCUACAGACGAAGAUGAAGCGAAGAAAAAUGAGGCUUGCCGGUACAUUACAGAUAUUCUUGAAGAAUUGGGGAGACAGAAUGAGCUUUUGAGUGGUGAGCUCAGUGGUUACUCGGGUAAGAAGAAGCUGGGAAAUGCACAAGUUGCUAUAGACGAAUUGAAUCAAAAAAUAGACAGAAACAAUUUGCACAUUGGCAAGCUCGAACAGAUACUUCAUAACCUCACGAAUGAGCAAUUAAAGCCGGAGAGAAUAGACGAGAUCAAGGACGAUCUAGAUUAUUACGUGGAGAAUAAUCAAGCUGCGGAUUUUAUCGAAUACAAUGACUUCUAUGAUCAACUUGAGCUCGAUGAAGCGCCAGAGAGCUUCCCAGCGGCAACCAUGCCUGGGGCAUUGCAUGAUGAUACAAAGAGUUCAAAGGAGGACUCAAAUCCAAGGAGCCCGGCAAAGAAGGAUACGCCUACAAGUAAUGGUACGCCAAGUACGUCCUCAGCUACUACGGCUGCUACGACCAUUACUAACCAGUCAUCGCACCCUACACGUCCUCCUGCUUCCGCACCUACGACGUCCUCUGCAAGCGCUAGCUUGUCGAACAGCGGCAGCACAACGCAACCUCACACAAUACACUCUUCGCAAGGGAGUCUAGCAUCUAAACCUCCAAUGGGGACUGGACCAUCUGCUGCGGGACUUGCUCAGGUACGUGCACCGCCUCCAGGUUUGGGUUCUUCGUCAAAAUCUGGCAGCCCUGUACCUUUGGCGGCAACGCCCAAGUCGAGCGCCGCUGAACUUAAGAAGAAGGUCGCUUCCUCGCAAGCAGGCUCUUCUCUGGGAAUUACACCAGGAAUAUCUGUCGCAGCGGCACUUUCAAACUCCAUCAACAAUAACAGUAAUACUAAGAACGCAUCGCCUGCAUUAUCCCAUGCGUCUACUGCUACCACUGUUGGUUCAUCAAACAAAGCGGCAUCAGAGGCCCAGUCAGCGGCAGCUAACCCACUCACGCAGGAGACAAAGUACUUAAGCGAAGCGGCAGUUCGCGUACACGCCAUUUCUCAGAAUCGGUUAGCCAACCCAUUGCCAUUCCUGGCAAUCAGCCAAUUACUAGAGACCUCUCUCCUCAACUGUCCGGACUCAUCGGACGCCGAACGGCCUCGUCAGUACAACCCAAGGAACGUCCACCCACUGUCCGUGGACUAUCCUCAGGAACCAAUGUUUGAGCUCAAUUCUGCGAGAAUCAUGUCUAAGUUCGACAAUGAUACGUUGUUUUUCUGCUUUUACUACAGUGAAGAGCAGGAUAACAUCGCCAGAUAUAACGCUGCCAGGGAGUUGAGCAAACGUGGGUGGAUAUUCAACUCGAAAACGAAGCAGUGGUUUUCCAAAGAUGACCGUGCCAAGAGUCGCCUGGCAUCUGUUGCACAAGGAGUAGAGGAGAAACUGCAAGGAGAGAGCUACAAGUACUUUGACUACCAGAGUAGCUGGCUCAUUCGUCGCAAGGACCACUACAAGUUACAGCCCGAGGUGCAAGAGACGUUUUGA